AUGGCAGUCUCACAUUAUGUUUCAACGGCUAGGUGCCAAGCCUCUCAGUCUUCACCACGUGAAUUUGAACACAAACAAAAGAUCAAACCCGCUCAGGUGCAAGUGGGCGCUCCUGCUCAUCUCGCACGAGCCCUUUAUCUUCCAAUUCACACCCAUAAUACGUCUCAUCUGCCUAUAUACGAUAUCUCCGACCACUACUUCGAAACACUUGGACCAUUUCCACUUGGUGAAAGGAAGUACAAAAUCGAGUUUUGUCUUCUUCUAAAACCCUGUGGUGACCAUCCUGAAGACGACGUCAGAUAUCUCGUAGACAUGGAUUCAAGCGGUUUGCCAGCAACGAUUCGGGAGCGAUGCAUCGGACGAGACGCGUUGGAAGUUGCAAUGCAAGUUCAAAGUAUAGAGUGCGAGACAAGACCUGCUGAUCGUCCUAGAUCUUCUUCCCAGAGAACACAGGGACUGGUAUAUGCCGCACCCGUUGAACCAACUACGGAUGGAUCAACUAGGUGUCCAAGUCUGGAGCUUGAUUUAGGAGCAUCAAAAUCUAAGGAUGCCACGCCACCCCGUUCCUUCAAAUGGCAAUUGUACAUGGACAACCCUGGAUCUUUGCGUUACGACUUGAUAAAGCAGAAGCAAAACUCUCUAGAUGGUGGGUAUAACUCUAUAGUGGCAAUCUACCAUCACUGCGGAUUCGAGAAAGACCUAUGUACAAACUUCAGCGAAGGGGUCAUAUUGCUUCCGGGUAUGGAAGACCCUGUCUUGGACAUCACUAUUAUAUCCUCGCUAUUGUUUCUAUUACACUCGGUCCGCAAGCAAGGCACUGGGGUAAAAAAGUCGCGGGCCAAAUCAAUUCUUAGGAGAUUUGCUGCUUAA